AUGCACUUUAUACCUCUUGCCUCUCUUCUUCCCCUUGCGGGUCUCAUCCUCCAAGUCGCCGCUGACUUAACUGUCCUCGGUGCUGGAUCUAAGGAUAAAAUCCCAAACAGCUAUAUUGUUGUACUUAAACCUUCAACAAAUCAGGCUCAGGUUCAAGAACAUACCCAGCGAAUCAGCAAUUAUCAUACCCGUCGAAGCCUUCAAGAGCGUGGUGUGACCACUGGUAUUCGUGAACAGUUUGAUAUUCAGAGCGUUAAGGGGUACACUGUUGAGUGUGACCAUGGGACAUUGAGUCAAAUCCUUACCUCCCCAGAAGUCCAAUAUGUCGAACAAGAAGGCAAGACAAAGGUCCAGGUAACACAAAAACCUUCAACAUGGGGCCUCUCUCGCAUUUCGUGGAAAACUCUGCCCAAGGCGCCAUAUUCGUAUCGCUACCAGAAUACAUGGGGCGGGAGAGGGACUACCAUCUACAUUGUCGAUAGCGGUGUCCGUAUCUCACACAAGGAAUUCGAAGCAAGAGCUACUUGGGGCUAUAACGCCGUCCCCGACAGCCCUAAUACGGAUAAUCACGGCCAUGGUACUCAUGUCGCCGGUACCGCCGCUGGAAAAACAUACGGAGUUGCGAAAUAUGCUCGAAUCGUCGCCGUAAAGGUCAUUGGCGAUGAUGGAACCGGUCAAGACUCAUAUACGCUUGCUGGGUUGAACUAUAUCUCGAAGGUCGCUAAACCUGGCAAGAGCGUCGUCAACAUGUCCAUUGGUGGACCGAAAUCGGAAGCCGUCAAUGCUGCCGUAGAAGCCCUCUACAAAAAGGGAAUCGUCGUUGUAGCAGCCGCUGGUAACGAAAACGAAAAUGCCGGCCUCUCUUCCCCAGCAUCAGCACGCAGCGCCAUCACCGUCGGAGCGACCGACGAAACCGAUACCAGAGCACGUUUCUCAAACUUUGGCAGCAUAGUCGAUAUCUUUGCUCCUGGGGUUAAUAUUCUUAGUGCGGAUAUUACUUCGGACACCGCAUCCAGAUUGGACAAUGGAACUUCGAUGGCCUCGCCCCACGUCGCAGGCCUUGCGGCUUACUUUAUCAGCAGCAGGACUACUUCGCAGAGCCCACUCAAUAUUCACAGCUUAUUCAUUACUUACUCUCAGAAGGGCUUGGUCAAAUCCCCUGGACCGUCACCAAACAGACUAGCUUACAAUGGAUGGGACGAAUACCAACCCUACCCAUAUUAG